AUGUCAGAGUACAGCAAAACUGAAAAGGUUGAGGAAUUAGCUUCGUUAGAUGAUGGAUAUGAUAGUGAUCCAACGAUUCCUCCAGAAAACCUCACAAAAGACGAAAGAAGAGUGUGGUUCAAACAAAGACUUCCUCAGGUUGCGUUACUCAGUUCAACCAACUUGACCAAGCAAUUUCAUGGCCGGGUUUUGGAGUUUCUCAAGAAUGGCUGCAGCAUCCAAUUCUACAUGAUUUGGUUCUCACCAGUGAAGUUCUUCGGAACCCGAGAAUUCUCGGCCAUAGACACCCUAUUCAAUUCCCACCCUCAAGGUUGCUUGAUGAUCAUAUCAAGAACCAUGGAUUCCACACGCGGCUAUAGGAUCCUAAAACCAUUACUGGAUCGCGGUUUCAAAGUUCUUGCUGUAACUCCAGACUUGCCCUUCCUAGUGAAGAACACCCCAGCUGAAGCUUGGCUUGAAGGGCUGAAGAGCGGCAAGAUAGACCCUGGUUUUAUCCCAUUGCCACAAAACCUCUGCAACCUCAUUAGACUUACGGUUUUAUACAAAUAUGGAGGUGUUUAUUUGGACACAGACAUUAUAAUUCUGAGAGAUUUCUCAGAGCUGAGGAAUUCAAUUGGAGCACAAAGUAUAGAUCCAGUGACAAAGCAAUGGAAACUAUUGAAUGAUGCAGUAAUGGUGUUUGAUAUGAACCAUCCAAUUCUACUUGAUUUUAUAAGGGAGUUCUCAUUAUCUUUCAAUGGAAACAUAUGGGGGUUCAAUGGACCUUUUAUGCUUACUAGGGUUAUGAAGAGAGUAGGAAGUAGAUCUGAUUAUAAUGUUACAGUGAUGCCGCCGGAGGCAUUUUAUCCGGUGGAUUGGCUUAAGAUUCACAGGCUUUUCAAGAAGCAAGUGAUCGCGGCGGAGAGGAAAUGGGUGCAAAGCAAACUGAAUGAGCUAAAUGGCAAUGGUGGAAAGACUUUUGCAUUGCACUUAUGGAAUAAGAAAAGCAAGAAGUUGAAGGUUGGAGAGAGAAGUGUCAUGGAAAAAUUAAUCUUAGAUCAUUGUGUCAUUUGUGAGAACAUAUUUGCCGAAACAUCAGGAAAUUUUUUCUUCAACUAAUUUUUUAUUGCAUAUUUCCCAAUCCUCAUGCAUAACGAUUGAAAUUGUU